AUGGCAUCCGACUCCAUCCGUCAAGGCGUUCCUCGCAUGCCUUCUCAUCCACACCCCGCAGACCGAGACAAUAAUACACGACUCGAGCUGCCGAAACGAGCGCACACAUUUCAGAAUGGGACAGCCCACCAAGCCGAGCUAGACGACGCAGCUCCCGAUGCAUUCGACACUGCUGAAUACAGCGAGAACGAGGAUAAUACUGAGACAGCGAGGCCUUCUGUCGAGCUCGACGAGCUGCCAAUUGAGCUAAUAACUCUUACAGACAGCUUCAUAGAAUCGCUCGGUGCCAAAGUCCAUUCCAGCCCUCCGAGUAUUGACAAGCUCUCCCGGUUGUUCCAAGAUUUCUACGCACUCGCAUCCAACCACAUCGGCACGCAUAUCAGUGCUCUCGCCACAAGGCAAAAUCGCGACGCCUCACCUGCUCCAUCAGGGUCAUCCAUUUCAUCCGCCGCCAGUCGACUACGUUCAAAGGCAGCUUCAUUGGGCUCAAAGGAUAAGCCCAAGGUGGAAACAGAGCGCCAAAUGAUCACAGCAGAAGAGCUUGCAAAUCGAAAAAGGGCAAGGAAAGCGCUCGAGGCAAAGCGAGGCACGCUAGAAGAGGCUGUCGAGCGGAGACUAUGCGAGGGCAUAUACGAGAAGAUCUAUCGACACCGAACCACCCAAGACGAAGCACAAGAUGAAAAGCUCCGGUCAAAAACAGCCGCUCUGGCCCUAGUUGGCAUCAGUCCGGUUGACUUGGGUGUAGACUAUGGCGAGGAAGCUGCACAGAGCUCCGAAGCAGCCGCCAAAGUGACAGAGCAAAUGAAAGAGUCCCUAGGCGAAGCUCGAGAUGAUCUGAUCAAGAUGAGUGAGGCUAGAUAUCCUCUCGCCAAGGCAAACCAUUUGAAAGCUACCCACAAAAGCAUUGUGGACACCUUGGCCGACGUCCACCCCUCCGCCUCGGCAGAUGAGAUCAUGCCCAUGCUGAUAUACACAUUAAUCACCCUACCGCCGGAGAACCUCCAUGUCAUCAGUGAUCUACACUUCAUUCAGUACUUUCGUUGGGAGCAGAAGCUGACUGGGGAGGCCGCGUAUUGUUUAACCAACCUUGAAGCCGCCAUCAGCUUCCUUCAAACGGUGGACUUAUCUACCUUACGUGCAGACGAACUUCCCUCGGGGCCUGCGAAGCCUGAAAGCCAAAUUGGCACCUCCAAGACGGAGACGUUUCCUCCCGCAUAUGGCAUAACAGCACCUUCUCAGAGCGCAACCGAGGCAAGCCCCGACAAUGCCACGGCGACAAAACCCGCCCCAUCACCGUCCGGCCUGAAAGCCGCAAAUGUCUUACGAAACAGACGACUCAGUGAUCUUGUCAACACCCCAGCACAAGCAUUUGGUGCUGCAAGUGGCGCGGUAUUCAGCACCGCAGACCAGGGCCUCAAGACAAUUUCCACCAGUCUAGGCGAUAGCUAUUCAUUUCUUCUCGGCAAGCUACGAGAACGCCAAGAAGGUCCCAAGGAAUCCAUCGCCGUCCCUCGCACCUUGGACGACGCCCGGAAACUUGUUAGCACUCCUCCUCCCGAUGAAGACGACAACGCCAGCGCCACCAGCUCCGUGGCAGGUGGCUCCGAAGACACAGAAAACUCCAAACGAUCAUCAGCCCGUGAAGAUCGCGUGCUAAGUCUAAUCGGCGGGCGGCGAGACGCAAGUGUCGACAGCGCCAGAAGCGGCACCUCGUCCACCAGAAAGGUCGGCUUCACGGACGAUUCCAAGUCUUCAAACACGCCCACUUCUGCAACGCCCACCGCACCCGCCAUGCUCGACUCGGUUCGCAACCUAGGCAGUUCAUUCAACCCUAUCGGAAGACUGUCCAGCAUAGGCAUGAUCCGCGGGUUUGGUCGCAACACAGCCACGCCUCCCGCCAGAGAAGCCAAUCAGUCUACAGAUGGUGGUGAUUUGGCGACGGCCUUUCCGGACAUUGCCGCCGCUCUGCCACCUAAGCAAAUUACUGUUCCCAGGAUUCCUCCCCCGAACAAACGAUUCAUGGAAAUUCAGAGUCCCGGCGAGCUGAAGCUCGGCGAGGUUCGGGAGCUGCUCAAAGAUUAUCGACGGUUGGCUGGUGUUUUAAAGAAUAUGGGAGCUUUUGAUGAGAAAUAA